ACAGCCUCAUUCCCCCCACUCUAAGCUGAGAAAUUCGAGUAUUCUUCCUUCAAAAUUCGUAUAAUCAAUCACAUUGAUUCUCUCCAUAUCAAUUGAAUACGAUCAAUCAAGAUGAGUCGCGGAAGCGGAGCCGGUUACGAUCGCCACAUUACGAUCUUCUCUCCCGAAGGUCGUCUUUUCCAAGUCGAAUAUGCUUUCAAGGCGGUAAAAUCAUCUGGAAUAACCUCCAUCGGUGUUCGAGGAAAAGAUUCAGUAUGCGUCGUCACUCAGAAGAAAGUUCCGGACAAACUUCUUGAUCAGACUAGUGUUUCUCACCUGUUUCCUAUUACAAAGUACCUUGGAUUGUUGGCAACCGGCAUGACAGCUGAUUCUAGGUCACUGGUUCAACAAGCAAGAAAUCAAGCUGCUGAAUUCCGUUUCAAAUAUGGAUAUGAAAUGCCUGUAGAUGUUUUAGCCAGAUGGAUCGCGGACAAGUCUCAGGUAUAUACUCAACACGCAUAUAUGAGGCCUCUUGGAGUAGUUGCAAUGGUUGUGGGAAUUGAUGAUGAGAUGGGUCCUCAACUCUUCAAGUGUGAUCCUGCUGGUCAUUUUUUUGGUCACAAGGCUACAAGUGCUGGAUUGAAAGAGCAGGAAGCUAUUAAUUUCCUUGAGAAGAAAAUGAAGAACAAUCCUUUGUAUUCCUACGAGGAAACUGUGCAGACGGCUAUUUCUGCACUGCAAUCGGUUCUACAGGAGGAUUUCAAGGCCACUGAGAUUGAGGUUGGAGUUGUGAGCAAAGAUAAUCCUUGUUUUAGAGUACUAUCAACCGAAGAAAUUGACGAGCAGUUGGUGUCCAUUAGUGAACGAGAUUGAACCGGAAAAGGGUAAUUGUAUGUUCUUCAGUAUGAUUGAGUUGAAUUAUAUAUGUUCUUCUGUUUCAGCAACAACAUUCUUUACAUUUUCCAGAAUUCA